AAGUACUCUGUUCAUUUGGGAGUCAGCCUGUCUGUGAUUGAGAGGGAAAUCCACCAUCUAUUCUCCCAGCCUGUAAGUCAAAGGAAAAAGCAGCUGAAGAAAAAAUUUCUCAUUUUGAUGAAACUCAUGGAUGCAGCACAGUGGCAGAUAACUGGAAUUGCCUCUCUGGGAUAAACUGAAAUGACAAGUAGCCAAUUUGAUUGUCAAUACUGCACGGUAUCCCUUCUUGGGAAGAAAUAUGUACUCAAGGAUGAUAAUCUAUACUGCAUCUCCUGCUAUGAUCGUAUCUUUUCUAACUAUUGUGAGCAGUGUAAAGAACCAAUUGAGUCAGAUUCUAAGGAUCUUUGCUACAAAAACCGCCACUGGCAUGAAGGAUGCUUCAGGUGCAACAAAUGCCACCACUCUCUGGUGGAAAAACCUUUUGUCGCCAAGGAUGAGCGCCUGCUGUGCACGGACUGCUAUUCCAAUGAGUGUUCCUCCAAGUGCUUCCACUGCAAGAGAACCAUCAUGCCCGGUUCUCGGAAAAUGGAAUUUAAGGGCAAUUACUGGCACGAAACUUGCUUUGUGUGUGAGCACUGCCGGCAGCCAAUAGGAACCAAGCCUUUGAUCUCCAAGGAGAGUGGCAAUUAUUGUGUGCCCUGCUUUGAGAAAGAGUUUGCUCAUUACUGCAACUUCUGUAAGAAGGUGAUAACUUCUGGUGGGAUAACCUUCCGUGACCAAAUAUGGCAUAAAGAGUGUUUUCUGUGUAGUGGCUGCAGGAAAGAGCUUUAUGAGGAGGCAUUUAUGUCAAAGGAUGAUUUCCCCUUCUGCCUGGAUUGCUACAACCAUCUUUAUGCUAAAAAGUGUGCAGCCUGUAACAAACCCAUCACUGGCCUCAGAGGUGCCAAGUUCAUCUGCUUUCAAGACCGCCAGUGGCACAGUGAGUGCUUCAAUUGUGGAAAGUGCUCGGUCUCCUUGGUGGGUGAAGGAUUCCUGACCCAGAACAUGGAAAUCUUAUGCCGCAAGUGUGGCGGCUCCGGGGCAGACACUGACGCAUAGAAAGAGACAAGUCUCUCCCCACCUGAAUCCACUUUGCCCUUGCUCUCACUAAAUCUGGAACUUAGCGGCACUAAUAUUUUUUUUAUUUGUAUUUUAGAAAGCAGUUUAGUGUGGGGUAUAUAGCAUAAAAGGUUUAGCAUGCUUUGUAAUUGAACUCUAUAUUAAGAAACACACAGAAGCCACAGUCCAAUGGAAAUCAGGUACUAUGCCUUAAGCCUGUAUCUCCUUGCAAAAUACUGCACUCUACUGUUCAGAACAGGAUGAUACUUUUUUUUCCAGAGCAAUGGCCUAUACAUAGUGAUUGUGAAUGUUCCUGCUGAUGGACAUUUUUCAAACUGCAGAAAGAAAACAACAAGAUCCAGCUGACAAGAGACAAAUGUUUGCAUUUUAAGCUAGUUGGUUAUAUCUAACAUGAUAGAUUGAAUAUGAAUAGCAGGAUAACAAGAUUUAUGAGAAAAUCAAUUAGUAAUCAUCACAUUUUAUGAUCAUUCUUUUAGAAUGCUUUUAGAGUCAUUCUUUGUUGACAAAAACUGAAUAAGAGUUGAAAAACUAUGGAUUUUCUUCAUAUAUAAAUUUUCCACUACCAGUGGCACCUUAGUCAAUAGAAUUAGACAAUUAUAGUACCUUUAUACUUAAGUACAAGGGUAUCAUCUCUACCUAGGGAAAGCCAAGCAUGGAUUUUGACACAUUUUAUAUUAGUUUUAUUUUCUAAGCUCACAAUGGCUUUUCUAAAUGCUUACAGGUUCUAUCUACUCUAAGUGAAUAGAACCAGAAUAAUUGUUCUCCCCGAAAGCAAAACUUUAGAGUAAAUAGAUCAUUAAAUUUUCACUCAUAAAAAUUAAUGUUAGGGAAUCAGUUCAAUGUUAGAACAUGACUUUCAUUCAGAUAUCUAAGGCAUAAUAGAAUGCAUAAUUAUUUCUAAACUUCACACAUUUUGCCUUCAAAAUUACAUAGAUGAUUAACGGUCAAACAUAAAAGUGAAAACUGGUAAAAGUAACAGCUUAAAAAUAAUAAUUCACCGCUGGUUACUCAGGACCUGCAAGUAAGCACAGUGCAACACCUCCAUCCUUCCCACCUGCCCAAGUGAUGCUCGCACCACCCACCUGCCCCAAAGCCAGCAAGCCACCCCAGGGCUCUAGUCUGCUGCAUGCCCAGGAUUUCCAAACACUGAACACCAGUCCACAACGUUCAUUCUGUCACACAGGAAAUUUAGUGGGGAUUCUACCAUCCUACAAAAAACCUUUGUUUCAGAUACCAAUUGAUCACAGCCCUCUCUAGCCUAGGACAAACAGAAGUCUCUUCUCUUGAUGUUUGGUCAUCACCCUUGGUUACAAGAGCUCAUCUGUAGAAAGUUCAGGAGAAAACCUCUCCCAGAUAUAGUAAUAAGUUGAGUUUCAGAUUAGUGCAAAAGCUUUAAACGUUAAGAUUCUAAGUCAAGAAGAACAAAGGGCCAUGCCAGAUGACAUUGGUGAAAAGUGCGUCACCAGAGAAGCGAUUGCGAUUGCUAUUGCAACAAUUAAAAUCAUGUAAAAUACAAGGCAUGUUCAGAAAAUGGUAAAAACUCCAAGAAACGAAUAGAAUGCCAGGCCACACAUUAAAUUUGAAAAUCACAAUUGUACUUUUGAAUGAACAAUGGCCAAGAUAUUUUUCUCAUAUUAACAUUGUAAUAUGCAGACUAAUCAGAAUUUUCUUGCAUUAAAUGAAAUUGUACAGGUAAUAAUACUAAACAUGCUUGACCGGUCUGUGACCUAGAAAAUAAUAAUAAUGCAUUUAUUUCUUUAGAGAUCUAAGUUCUUUAAAACUUACAUAGAUGUACAAGAUAUAGCAUUGCCUCCAUUAGUCAAUUACAGAUAAGCAUGCAGCAUGUGAUAUUUUCUGGAUAAAUAAUUUGAAAGGUUAGGUGUUUGUUGUGGCAUGUGGAGAUUGCAUUUCAUUUUUUAAUGAUAAUGAAAAUCAAGCUCUGGACCUAACACAUAAUGUGCAAGGACUCUACCACUGGUACAUAUCUUUCUUAUUUAAUCUUAACAACUAAAUGAAUUGAAUUUCUUGCUAGAUAAACAUUUUAUUAUCAUAUUUAAAGUAUAGUUCAUAAAUACAUAGAAAUAAUUAUCUAUUUUAACACUGCUUAGUCACCAAAUAUAUAUCCAGUACGUGCAGCCCAGAAAUAAAUAUCAUGCUUCUGGGACUUUGAGUUGGGAAGAGGAUAGAUCCAGGCUCAAAAAUUAGAGGAGUCCCUUGGAAAGAGCCCUUCCCAGAUGCUUAAGGAAAGUGCCACUCUAUAGAGAGCAUUCAUAUGCAGUUCAAGAAAGACUUCUUCACAGUGACUCACACAAAGACAGCUCUGGAAAGUGUGGAUAAUUUGAUUUAUAAAGAGAAAUGUUCUCAUAACUAACUUGUUCAAAAAAUGGAAUGGCUUGACUCAAUAAGCAGUGGUCAUCCAUGAUAGUGGGGUCCAUCUGCAUUGCAGUGUCUUACUCAGGGUUUCUAUUCCUGCCCAAACAUCAGGACCAAGAAGCAAGUUGGGGAAGAAAGGGUUUAUUCAGCUUACACUUCCACAUUGUUGUUCACCACCAAAGGAAAUUAAAACUGGAACUCAAGCAGGUCAGGAAGCAGGAGCUGAGGAAGAGGCCAUGGAGGGAUGUUACUUACUAGCUUGCUUCCCCUGGCUUGCUCAGGUUGCUCUCUUAUAGAACCCAAGAAUACCAGCCCAGGGAUGGUACUACACACACUAGGCCCCCUCCCACCUUGAUCACUAAUUGAGAAAAUGCCUUACAGCUGGAUCUCAUGGAGGCAUUUCCUCAACUGAAGCUCCUUUCUCUGUGAUAAGUCCAGCUUGUGUCAAGUUGACAUACAAAACCAGCCAGGACUUGCAGAGGUAGUCAGAAUCGAGUCUCUCACCAGAUAGCUUGGCAGCUACCAAGGCACUGUGCUAUAGAGCAGAGAGAAAUGAUAUUGCUGCAACUGAAAGUCAGAGGAAGGGAAAAACUUAACUGUGAGGACAAAAGGUGCAAACAUAUAUAACAGGCCAUGGAAGUUACCAGCAUUCUCAGUUAGGACUGAGGAAGGCCAUGACAGUGAUCAGAUAUGCCAGCAUGUACACUGUGGGGCAGAGGGCAGAGUAGAGUGGACAGACGUCCCGAAGCUGGAUCUCCUGCUCAUCAUACAUACGGGUUAGUGGCUGCAACAGUAAGAGAACAAGCAGCAGCAAGUUAGGGCUAGAGGUGCGUUUGAUGGCAUAGGUGAAUGUACACAUGAAAUUGACAAGAUGCCUUACAUCGUUACAUCAUUUGGAGUUGAAGCCAAUAAAACAGGAUUUCAUCUUUCAAGGAAAACGGGUAGGAUUCCCAAGGGUUCAAGACUGAAUUAACAAAGCCGUGAAAAACAUUGACUGAGACAAAUUAGUACCAGGUGGGAAGAGAGACAUGAUCAUGUCACAAUCAUGGGUUCAAAACUCAGUCAUGAUGGUUUUAGGAACACAUUAUAUGCUGUAGUAAAAGAGAUCAGUCAGGGUGAAAAAUGUGUGCCUCUGAGCACAAAAGACCUUCAUUAAAAAAACGCUGCAAAAUGCCAACAUGAAAAAUCAGCCUCAAAGCAUUUUUGAUGUUAGCAAUAUCACUUUUUAAUGUAAGAGUAAAAAUACUUU